AUGCGUGUGUCUUUGAAAGAUCACGGCCUUCAUGAAAUUGUGAGAUGGCAUGAUGCACAUAAUUGCAUGACUCCCGUGAAUGAUAAUGACAAUCGGUGUGUGGACGCGUCUUUGAUUGCUAGACUCGUCAGGAGAAAGGUUGAGGACAACGUAGAUUAUACGGUGGCCUCGGCACAGAAAGAUGUGAAGACCUUAUUGAAAGUAGAUGUACAAUACAAAAUGGUGUGGCACAGGAGGAGGAAAGCAAUAGAAGCGGUCUAUGGUGAUUGGACCUCGAAUUUUGAAGAACUUUCUAGGUAUAUCGUGGCGCUUAAGUUUACUAAUCCUGAGACUAUAGUAGAGUGGGAAUGGAAGGAGGGACAAGAAGCCAGUUUUGAUGCCACCCCUUUUGAUGGUGAUGAUGCUAGGUGGCGGGUUGUAACUGCCACACGGCUAAGUGGCAGGGGUGGGUCUUUGUAUACGGUGAACUACGAUGAACAUAGGUGGGAAUGUAGGUACACCUACGGAGACGUCGCAAGGAGCAGCUUGCCACCUUUUAGAGAUCAAUUAACAAGCCUGCGUGUUGAAGAUUUUUGGUGGCAACCAUAUGUAAAGGUCCUUGAUAGACUCCCUGAUUUCUGUAAACAAGGCCAAGCCAUUUGGACGACUAGGUGUUGGAUGUUCUGUUGGGCAAUUAGGGAACCCCACGAGUCGGGCACAGUUGUGAGACAAUUUGGAUACAUACAGGGUGUUUCCAGUCGCCCUAUGAUUAAAGAUAACAUAGCAUUUCUUCUCGAUCACGCCCAUAGUAUGUCUGGAUAUCCUAGCAACAAUUGGGUGGAUCACCAUUCCGCAGUACGUCCUCACUGGAGAAAGAGAGAAAAGUACGUUCUACAAGAUUUGGAGGUCAGAUACCCUGGCCAAGUAUAUGAUGGAUACUAUGAAUGGUUCAUAAUGAACACUGUCAAACUGAUAUCCAAUCCCAAAAAUUAUGCACCUAAAGGAUACGAGACUUCUUCGAGCCAAGUGAAAUUAUAUGGUGAAGUAUUGAACAACAUUCGCGUGAGUUCCGAGCAGUUUAGAGAUAAACGAGAUGAUAACAAUCUCGUAGACGAUGAACUCGAGGAGCAUUUGAACAAAAUCAUCGAUCAAGCACAUGCUGCUUUAACCCUUGGUGCAAAUGAUGAGAUUGAUGUGGACGAUACCCAAAUCCUGGUUGAUAAAGAACCAUCUAUGCCCUCACAACCUCCGCCGGGUAAAAAAGCGAAACCGUGGUCGAGAGAUAAGAUUGGAGGAGGAAGAAAGAGAAAGAUAGUGAUCCCCCCUCGGACAUCGCAAGAACAAAAUGAGGGUCAACAAAGAGAGGGCGAGGCGACUUCUUCUAGAGGCUCGCACAUCCAGGUCCUGACUCAAUUUGAAGACAUUGGUGGACCUGAGACUCAAUUUGGUGGAGAGUCACAACCACAACCGCAACCACAACCGGGAGUCCUAUUUCUCACCAUAGGAAAGUCCCAAUCCCAACUCCAACCGCGUCAACAACAGGGUUCAAUACUCACGUAUCUUCGGAGGGAAGACAGGAACCGGCAGGGGCCAAAUAAAUACACUCCGGAUGCGCUUAAGAAAUGA